CUUAAACACACUAACCCAAUCUGCAUCUCCCUAAUUGUAGGUUAUCCGUUAUUUUCAGGGAACCUUGUUUCUGUUUUGGUGUGUUGCUAAGGAAGGAAAGAAAGCUUUUUCAAAAGACAACUCGGAAGAGACUCGUUACCGCCUAACCAGUUACUCUCAAUCCGGAUAUCACAUCUGCACCUACAGCCAGUGAAAGAAGCUUAUAUUCAUGCUUUGGGUUAAGCUGCAAUAUGACGGACACAUUUGAAAUAGCAUUUUCUUUUGACACAACAAGUUCAAUGUAUAAGUGCUUAGAGGAAGUCAGAAAACGCCUGAAGGAAAUGGUUCAGGAUCUUAGAAACAAAAUACCCGGAAUUAAAAUAGCUAUUAUUGCCCAUGGAGAUUAUUGUGACAAAGCAAAAUACGUGACAAAAUACAUAAACUUUUCAAAUGAUCCGACUGUUCUAUUUGACUUUGUGAACACAGUGUCUGGUACUGGAGGCGGCGAUUUUCCUGAAUGCUACGAACUUGUUAUGAGGGAAGUUCAAGAAAAAUUGAUUUGGAGUAAAUAUUCCCAAAAAGCUUUAGUUCUUAUUGGAGAUGCUGUCCCGCAUGAACCAGACGAGGAUCAAAAUUUCCGUCAUUUGGACUGGAAAGUAGAAACACGGCGCUUGAGAGACAUGGAAAUCAAGAUAUAUUCAGUGCAAUGCCUAGGACGUUUGGAGUCUACGAACUUUUAUCAAUAUAUAGCCGCAAAAACAUUUGGAUACUACAUGCCAUUGACAGAAUUCAGUGGUGUGAAAGAAUUACUGACGUCCAUUUGCUACAGAGAAGCUGGUUUAGAAGAGACACUGUCUUCUGCUCAUACAUUCGGCACGACGGCUACAGUCUUCAUUCCGUUGGAAGAUAGACCACACUUGGCAAUAGAAGAGGCCAUUGAUACGCACGUUUCAGAUGGGGAAUAUGAUGAUGACGAAGAUGACGAGGAAGACGAAAGUUAUGUAAUGCGCUGUUUCAUCUGCAAGAAAUCAAAGCCCUCAAGCGAAUUUCCAAAUACACCGAUAUCUUCAAAAUGUAAACAUUACCCUGGACAUUGCCUAAGGUGUGUUGUAGAGUAUGUCCGCGAAAAUGGCCGUUGCCCGCACGAAGGUUGUGAUGUUGAUGUGGACCAUCACGGUGAAAUGAUACAAAUCUAUGAAGCCAAACUGGACCGUAUGUUUGUCGAUUAUUCAAAGGUGAUUGCUGAAACUCGCACAUCGAUAACAAGACACGAAGGUCCGACAUUAUCUGUGUCAGCCAUAAAUGGGGACACUGCCUGGGUUCCUUUUAAUCCUCGCAUGACGAUUAUUGAGCUGAAAAGGGAAGUCGAAUCACAGCUUGGUAUCCAGCAGUCAAAACAAAAACUUAUAUUCAAAGGAAAGGCAAUCAAGACAAACAUUGGUCCAGGACUACUUUUAAAGCUUUCUGAUCUUGGGAUAACGGAAAACAGCUCCCUCAGCCUGAUUGUACCAUUGUAUUGUAUACCGGCGAGUCUUGAUCAUGUAGUAUUCGGUCUGUCCUGGGAGUUUCCAAAAACAAAUCCGGAUUUUCUUGAUGCAUCAUGCCUGGCGUUCGAAAAAGCCGAGUUUAUUCAAGUCAUUGACUGGAAUCAUUCUUCAAACGAUUACUAUUUGAAAGGAGCCAUUCAACAUUCAGCCAAGAACGUAAAGACAGCGGGCGGACGAAUCGGACACCAGAUGAUACAUGUUCAUCUGAAAGGUGUACCUAGCAAUAUAACGCAUUUAUAUUUCACCCUGAGCUCCUGGAAAGCACCUAAUCUCUCUGCCUUCACCAACCCUAGUCUACAGUUCUACGAAGCGUCUGAUCCAGAUAUGGAUCAAGUUACAAUAACAUGGUUACCAUGUCCACGGAUCUUAUAA